UUACCAAGUGUGAUCAUCUUCUUUCAGUAAAAAUGAAGAGAAGGACAGAAUCUGAGUUUAGCAGCCCCCAAAAGAAGCAAAAGAAGAGGAUAGAAGAUUUGGGAUUAACCCUCAGUUCUACUUCAGAUGAUGAAACUCAGUUUAGUAAUCAUACUACUCAAGAGUCUUCCAGUAGCAGCAGUGGGUCUGACAGUGAGAGCGAUGAAAAAAGACCAGUCUUCAGCAAUGAAUUCAAACAAGACUCACUUGUGGAGGGUACUUCAUCUCGCUACUCAAUGUAUAACCGUGUCUCCCAAAAGCUCAUGGCCAAGAUGGGCUUCCGGGAAGGAGAAGGUCUGGGAAAAUAUGGCCAAGGCAGGAAGGAUAUUGUUGAGGCCUCCAAUCAGAAGGGAAGGAGAGGCUUUGGGCUGACCCUCAAAGGAUUUGAUGGGGAGCUCAAUAUUGAUUGGCAGGGUGAGCCAGAGCCCAGUGCCUACGAGGAGGUGGACUGGUGCCUUGAGUGUACCACGGAAAUCCCUGAUGCCCAGGAGCUGAAGGAGUGGAUGACUGUGGGGAAGAGGAAGAUGGUGAUUGAAGAUGAAACAGAGUUCUGUAGUGAAGAGCUUUUACGUAAUGUCCUGCAGUGCAAGAGUGUAUUUGAUGAGCUGGAUGGAGAAGAAAUGCGUCGAGCCCGAACAAGGUCUAACCCUUAUGAGAUGAUCCGUGGAGUUUUCUUCCUGAACAGGGCUGCAAUGAAGAUGGCAAAUAUGGACCAUGUCUUUGAUUACAUGUUUACAAACCCUAAGGAUUUCCAUGGGAGGCCUUUGAUAAAGGAGCGAGAUGCAGAGCUGCUCUACUUUGCUGAUGUGUGUGCUGGUCCUGGAGGCUUCUCCGAGUACGUCUUAUGGAGGCGGAAGUGGCAUGCGAAGGGAUUUGGCAUGACCUUGAAAGGACCAAAUGAUUUUAAACUAGAGGACUUCUAUUCUGCUUCCAGUGAGCUCUUUGAACCUUACUAUGGAGAGGGAGGGAUUGAUGGAGAUGGAGACAUCACUCGCCCGGAGAACAUUACUGCUUUCCGGAAUUUUGUUUUGGACAAUACUGAUCACAAGGGAGUGCAUUUCUUAAUGGCUGAUGGGGGUUUCUCAGUGGAGGGUCAGGAGAAUCUGCAAGAAAUCCUAAGCAAACAGCUCAUGCUUUGCCAGUUCCUUACAGCACUGUCCAUUGUCCGGACAGGAGGACAUUUUGUCUGCAAAACCUUUGACUUGUUCACUCCAUUCAGCGUGGGACUUGUUUAUUUGCUGUAUUGCUGUUUUGAGCGAGUGUGCAUCUUUAAACCUGUGACAAGCCGCCCAGCUAACUCAGAGAGGUACGUGAUAUGCAAAGGAUUAAAGCUAGGGAUUGAUGACGUGCGAGACUAUCUCUUCAUGGUGAACAUCAGACUCAACCAGCUGCGCAACUCUGAUGUGGAUGUGAAUCUUGUUGUCCCAUUGAACGUGAUCAAAGGCGACCAGGAUUUCUAUGAUUACAUUGUCCAGUCCAAUGAAAACCACUGCAAAGUUCAGAUAAAGGCACUAGCCAAAAUUCGUGCAUUUGUUCAAGACACGACUCUGAUUGAGCCACGGCAGGCUGAAAUCCGAAAGGAGUGUCUCCAGCUAUGGGGGAUUCCUGAUCAGGCUCGUGUUGCUCCUUCAUCUUCAGAUCCCAAAUCCAAGUUCUUUGAGCUGAUCCAGGGCACGGACAUUGAUACCUUCAGUUACAAACCCACUCCUCUGAAUUCCACUACUUUGGAGAAAAUUCGCCAAGUGUUAGAUUACCGGUGUAUGGUGUCUGGAAGUGAGCAGAAGUUCCUCUUGGGUCUAGGGAAAUCACAGAUCUAUACCUGGGAUGGUCGCCAGUCAGAUCGAUGGACAAAGCUGGAUUUGAAAACUGAGCUGCCACGAGAUACCCUUCUCUCUGUGGAGAUUGUUCAUGAGCUGAAAGGAGAGGGGAAAGCCCAGCGAAAAAUCAGUGCCAUCCACAUCCUUGAUGUCUUGGUGCUGAAUGGCAAUGAUGUUCGAAAGCAGCAUUUCAACCAGAGGAUUCAGUUGGCGGAGAAGUUUGUCAAAGCUGUUUCUAAACCUAGCCGACCAGAUAUGAACCCCAUCCGAGUGAAGGAAGUGUACAGGUUGGAGGAAAUGGAGAAGAUUUUUGUGAGGUUAGAGAUGAAAAUCAUCAAGAGUUCAGGGGGAAUACCCCGGCUGUCCUACACUGGCCGAGAUGACCGGCACUUUGUGCCCACAGGACUCUACAUCGUACGGACUGUGAAUGAUCCCUGGACAAUGGCAUACAGCAAAAACUCCAAAAGGAAAUUCUUCUUCAACAAAAUGACCAAGCAGGCGACGUAUGACCUCCCUUCUGAAUCCAUUGCACCCUUUCAUGUCUGCCAUUACAGCCGCCUCUUCUGGGAGUGGGGAGAAGGUGUCAAAGUGCAUGACUCUCAGAAAAGGCAAGAUCCAGAGAAGCUGUCGAAGGAGGAUGUCCUGUCUUUCAUCCAAGCGCAUUACCCCUAACCCUGCUCUCUUGAGGGGUGCAGGGGUGACUGAGCCCAGCUUGGAUUCUUCAGGGACUGAUGACUGGGGAGGCUCCACAACUUCUGCCCUGGUAUCCUCCAGGGCUGAUUUCCUGGAGGUGAAUGCAGGAGGGGUGGUAUGCAGAAGGCACAGGACAAGGCUCUGCCCUGGCAGUGUAUAUACAAGUAUGGCCCAGGUAGCACCUGGUGACUCCUGGAGCCAAGGCCUGAUGCCCUUUUGUCCUGACCUACUGCAUGCAUGAGGCCAAGGGGCUGGCAGCUUUCUUUGCUCCUGUUCAAACAUUCAGCAAAGUUUGUGGAGCUCUCUGUGUGCCAGAACUGUCCAGACUUUUGCUUCCCUGGCAGUGUGGGAAGGAAGCAGAGAUGUCUUGGUGGCAGAGCUGGAUAACAGCACAUUGAAGCAGCCCUGCAUCAUUCCUGGCAGCUAUCUGUCUCCUCAGCCUUGUCAAAGGCCUACCCAGUGGAGGGGGUUAACUCAUUGUGGAAUGCUAGCUUUGGGACACAAGUAUGUAUUUUUGUUGGUGUCUCCAACACUUCUGCUUAUCAAGGCACUUGGCUGGCCAUUGGCAAUUCCUGUGUGAUGGUGUCCUGUUGGACAAAGGCCAACAGAGGUUCCUGGCACAUAUUUGAAGUGCUCGGUACUAGGGCUUUCUCAGACCUCUAGAAGCUGCUAUGACAAGGAUUUUCCCUCUCCGGGUCAGUGACUGAUCCUGAGACAGCAGCCUGAGGUCAAAAAAAUGCAUCUGUGCUGAGACCAAGAUGCUUUGAUUCUUGGUACUCAACACUAUUACCCAAAUAUUCAGGAAGAAAAGCAGAUGUGGGAGGGAAGACACAAGAAGGUUGUGAUGCUGGAGGUCUUUGGAGGAAAUCGUGGGAAUGUCUGACUUAAUUAAAACCAUCCCAGGGCUUCAGUGAAAAGAGAUCUUGACUUGGACCAUGUUGGUUAUUCAGAAGAAAUCCUGCCCCCUGACGGUGCCCACUGGAAAGGUUACCAGACUUUAAAUGUCAGUGGGCUUUGAAACCUUCCAUGUCUCAUUUGACCCUGGAACUGCCAUCUGGGGUGAAGGCACAGAGCUGUGAAACUCCUAGCAUGGUAUUUGUAUGUCAACAGACUUCUCCAUGUACUUCUGUGCUGGGCUCGAAGUAGUCUUCUGUUUUGUGUUUAACUUCUGGCUUCCAUGGCACUUUUGCCAGGUCUUCCAUAUAAAUCAUAACACACAGUUGUCUGCUUUUUGCCAAGCAGCAAAAUUGCCCCUUUUUUUGUUGUUGUUGGCUUGUUUUUAAACACAAGAUUGCCAGCAGGGAGGAAACGGAUGUAGGGCUUCUCUGAACUGUGCCUUAAAGAAAGCUAUAGUUCACCUAGAAUCUGUAGCAGUUGUUUAGAUUCUUGUUUCUUUCCACACCCAUAUGUAGGAUUUGAACAAGCUUUAUGUAGCAAGACAUGGAAAUUCUCACUUGUAGGCAUGUGGGUGCCCUGUACCCCACUCAAAGCCAGAAGAGGAUGGCAUGUUGUAGAAAUCCCACUUCUACCCUAUUAAGGCCCAGCAUCACACAUAGGUUUUGUGCUUAUUCUCAGCACACAGAUGAAUAUUAUCCUAUAAGUAGGCUGUGCUUGCUGAGCAUUUCCAUGUCUUCCCAAGGAAACUGUCUGCAUAUAACCAUGUAUUAAUUCUCUACAGUUUGGUAUAAAUGAGUUUAACAGCUGCAACUCCUUGCAGCAGAGAAAACUAUACUCAGGCGUGAUCACUGCAGAACCACACCCCUGGCUAAAGGAGCAGCACAGUAGUUGGUCUGUUGGUCCGUGGAAACUGGAAGAGGCAAAGGAUGGGAGAUUAGCUUACAAAUAGGCAGCCCUGAAUAUUGUGCAGGGAAGCUGUUUUGUUUCUUCAGCUCUGGCCCAUAGUGAAGUGGGUCAAAGCUGCUUUUUUCACAUUUGUUAUUAUUUAGUCCCCAGAGGUCUACCAAAGCAGCUGAGGGACUGCAUGCUGUUAAUGCAUCCUCUUGCUGACCUGUAGACCCCCCUCUGCUCUGAAGCAUCAGUAAAACAUGUGUGAAAGAAAUGGUGGCCCUUCUUGUCCCCCCCACCACAAAACAAGAGGCCUGUCACUGGCAGUUUUGUUUUGGCUUUUUUUAAAAGCACUUCUAUGAGAGAUGAUUCUCUCCCAGUGGGCAAUAAAGAACCUCCCAACUGUAUGGUUUUCAGGUCUGUGGACAGUUGGCUUUUUAAACCAAACAGUAAUUUGAGCUCUGGUGCUUCUUUGGCCUGCCCUGAGGCUGUUCCAAUGUCAGCAAAGUGUGCUGCUCCCUCUGCCAGGCUCCUUUGCUGUGUUAUGUCCUCCACUCAGGGCUUUGGUCUCCUGUGGGCUGGCAGACAGAAGGGUGCCUAGGAAGUACACUGGGGUGAGUGGGCCUCCAGGGGUGCAAAAAAACCUAGUUAGCCUGCAGGCUAGCUUUUAUAAACAGAUACUUUCUGUUUACCCAGUUGCCUCCAGCUCCUCCUGAUUUUAAUUUUUUAUUUUUAAUUUUUUUUUGAUGCACUGAACCUUGAUUCUGAAUCCCCCUUCAAGGAGGCAAGCAUGAGCUACCAUGCUACAUGCUUUCCUACUGCAGGGUACAUACGGAAGGAUUAUGUUGGGAAGGGGGGUGAGGAGGGUCUUGCUGAAGGGAAUGUGUAUGUACAUUAAUUGCACAAUGUACUGUUAUUAGGCUGUGUAUCAUUUUGUGUUACUUCUGCUUUCAUUGUCUUAUUACCAAUACAGCCCCUUCCGUUCAAA